GCUCGCGAGUCCGCCAGGCCCCUCCGCUUCCGGUUCCGCCACCGCCCCCGCAGCGGUGUUUUAAGGAACUGGAACCAUGACGGACUCCAAAUACUUCACGACCAAUAAAAAAGGAGAGAUAUUUGAACUGAAGGCUGAACUCAACAAUGAAAAGAAAGAGAAGAGGAAAGAAGCUGUAAAGAAGGUUAUUGCAGCCAUGACUGUGGGGAAGGAUGUCAGCUCUCUGUUCCCUGAUGUUGUCAACUGCAUGCAGACUGACAACCUGGAGCUGAAGAAACUGGUCUACCUGUACCUGAUGAACUAUGCCAAAAGCCAGCCAGACAUGGCCAUCAUGGCUGUCAACAGCUUUGUAAAGGACUGUGAGGACCCAAACCCUCUGAUCCGUGCCCUGGCCGUGCGCACCAUGGGCUGCAUCCGCGUGGAUAAAAUCACAGAGUACCUGUGCGAGCCCCUGCGCAAGUGUCUCAAGGAUGAGGACCCCUAUGUGAGGAAAACUGCAGCAGUCUGCGUGGCCAAGCUGCACGACAUCAAUGCCCAGAUGGUGGAGGACCAAGGAUUCCUGGAUUCCCUGCGUGACCUGAUUGCAGACUCCAAUCCCAUGGUGGUAGCGAACGCCGUGGCCGCCCUGUCAGAGAUCAGUGAGUCCCACCCCAACAGCAACCUGCUGGAUCUGAACCCUCAGAACAUCAACAAACUGCUGACAGCUCUAAACGAGUGCACAGAGUGGGGGCAGAUCUUCAUCCUGGACUGUCUGUCCAACUACAACCCCAAGGAUGACCGGGAAGCUCAGAGCAUCUGUGAGCGAGUGACCCCCCGGCUGUCUCAUGCCAACUCAGCAGUGGUGCUGUCAGCAGUGAAGGUCCUGAUGAAAUUCCUGGAGCUCCUUCCCAAGGAUUCUGACUAUUACAACAUGCUGCUGAAGAAACUUGCCCCUCCUCUGGUGACCCUGCUGUCUGGAGAACCUGAAGUUCAAUAUGUUGCCCUGAGGAAUAUCAACUUGAUUGUGCAGAAGAGGCCUGAAAUCCUGAAGCAGGAGAUCAAAGUGUUCUUUGUGAAGUACAACGACCCCAUCUAUGUCAAACUGGAGAAACUGGACAUCAUGAUCCGCCUGGCCUCCCAAGCAAACAUUGCCCAGGUCCUGGCAGAGCUCAAGGAAUACGCCACCGAGGUGGACGUCGACUUCGUGCGCAAGGCCGUGCGUGCCAUCGGCCGCUGUGCCAUCAAGGUGGAGCAAUCUGCAGAGCGCUGUGUGAGCACCCUGCUGGACCUCAUUCAGACCAAGGUCAACUAUGUGGUGCAGGAGGCCAUCGUGGUCAUCAGGGACAUCUUCCGCAAGUACCCCAACAAGUAUGAGAGCAUCAUUGCUACUCUGUGUGAGAACCUGGAUUCCCUGGAUGAGCCAGAUGCCAGAGCUGCCAUGAUCUGGAUAGUGGGUGAAUAUGCUGAAAGAAUUGACAAUGCAGAUGAGCUGCUGGAGAGUUUCCUGGAGGGUUUCCAUGAUGAAAGUACUCAGGUGCAGCUCACCCUCCUGACUGCAAUAGUGAAGCUGUUCUUGAAAAAGCCUUCUGAGACACAGGAGCUGGUCCAGCAGGUCCUCAGCCUGGCCACACAGGAUUCUGACAACCCAGACCUGCGGGACCGUGGCUACAUCUACUGGCGCCUUCUUUCCACGGAUCCAGUGACUGCCAAGGAAGUGGUGCUCUCAGAAAAGCCACUGAUUUCUGAGGAGACUGAUCUGAUUGAGCCAACCCUGCUGGAUGAGCUGAUCUGCCACAUUGGGUCUCUGGCUUCUGUGUACCACAAACCACCCAACGCUUUCGUGGAGGGGAGCCACGGCAUCCACCGCAAGCACCUGCCAAUCCACCACGGGAGCACUGAUGCUGGUGACAGCCCCGUGGGUACCAUGACCACCACAAACCUGGAGCAGCCACAGGUCAUCCCAUCCCAGGGUGACCUCCUGGGGGACCUCCUCAACCUGGACCUGGGGCCCCCUGUGAAUGUGCCCCAAGUGUCCUCCUUGCAGAUGGGUGCUGUGGACCUCCUGGGAGGAGGGCUGGACAGCUUGCUUGGCAGUGACCUUGGCGGGGGCAUUGGAGGAAGCCCGGCAGUGGGACAGACCUACAUUCCUUCCUCUGUGCCAGCCACCUUUGCCCCUUCUCCCACCCCAGCAGUGGUCAGCAGUGGACUCAAUGAUCUCUUUGAGCUCUCGUCUGGCAUAGGGAUGGCUCCUGGAGGAUAUGUGGCUCCCAAGUCUGUUUGGCUGCCUGCAGUGAAGGCUAAAGGAUUGGAGAUCUCAGGCACAUUCAGCCACAGGCAGGGACACAUCUACAUGGAGAUGAACUUUACCAAUAAGGCUUUGCAGCACAUGACUGACUUUGCCAUUCAGUUCAAUAAAAACAGCUUUGGGGUAAUCCCAAGCACCCCCCUGGCCAUUCACACACCUCUGAUGCCAAACCAAAGUAUUGAUGUCUCCCUGCCCCUCAACACUCUGGGACCAGUCAUGAAAAUGGAGCCUCUGAACAACCUUCAGGUGGCUGUGAAAAACAACAUUGACGUGUUUUACUUCAGCUGCCUAAUCCCUCUCAACGUGCUUUUUGUAGAGGAUGGCAAAAUGGAACGCCAGGUCUUCCUUGCAACAUGGAAGGAUAUCCCAAAUGAAAAUGAGCUUCAGUUCCAGAUUAAAGACUGUCACCUGAAUGCUGACACUGUCUCCAGCAAACUGCAGAACAACAAUGUCUACACCAUAGCCAAGAGGAACGUGGAGGGACAGGACAUGCUCUACCAGUCCCUAAAACUCACCAAUGGCAUCUGGAUCCUGGCAGAGCUGCGCAUCCAGCCCGGGAACCCCAACUACACGCUCUCCCUGAAAUGCCGAGCUCCAGAAGUGUCCCAGUACAUCUACCAGGCCUACGAUGCCAUCUUGAAAAACUAACAGGAGAUGGAGCCUGUGCCUCACCCUGCAGAAGGAGGGGGGGGAAAAAGGGGUCCCCAUAGC